AUGAAUUUUUUAAUUUUAUUACUUUUGUCAAGUAGUUUUAAAUUAAGUAUUUGUAAGACAGCAGAAGAUGAGGGUGUUAAAUACGCAAAUAAAUGUGAAGUUUGUAAAAUAGUUGCUAUAGAAUUAUCCUCAAAACUUAAGGAAACCGGAAAAACUCACGAAGUUAUAGAAACAGGCUAUUCACUUGAUGAAACGAAAAAGAAAAAAACAAAAUAUCGAACUUCUGAACUGAGACUUCUUGAAACAUUAGAUAACAUUUGUGAAAGAAUACUUCAAUAUAACAUUCACAAAGAAAGACAAGAUAGCACUAGAUUUGCCAAAGGAAUGAGUCAAACUUUUCAAACGCUCCAUGGUUUGGUAAAUAAAGGAGUUAAAGUUGAAUUAGGUAUGCCUUACGAAUUGUGGGAUAAACCUUCUGCCGAAAUAACAAAUAUGAAAACACAAUGUGAAUCAUUAAUUGAAGAUUAUGAAAAUGCUAUCGAGCAAUGGUAUUAUAAUCACCAACAAAGUGUUUCUUUAGAAAAAUAUUUAUGUAGUGAUUUAGUUUUAAAAAAUGAUAGUGAUGAUUGCUUGCAUGAGACAUUAAAUGUUGCUAGUCAAAGAAAGGGAGAAACUAAUGAUGAGCUAUAA